AUGGCAUGGCGUGAGAUGGCGCGGGUCGCGCUCGCGCUUGCCGCGCUGUUCGCGGCCGCCUCGUCGCGCGCGCCUACUAAGGACCCUGUACUAUUUGAAGCAGCUUUUCAAGGCAGGUGCGGUGAGGCCAGUCCUUGUGAGCAGCUGUGCAGGGAGCUCCACGAUGGCACCUACGAGUGCGGCUGCGGGCCCGGAUAUGUACUGCAUGUGGAUGGAUAUGGUUGUUUAGAACUUAACGCAACAAAAUCAACGGAGAGUUCUUCGGACAAGCAAGAAGAUGUACUCUACCAGAAAGACGUAUCUUUCUCAGCUGAACUAGAAAUAGCACCGUCCAGUAGACUUAGUAAAUCUAAUGUAAGCGAAAAAUUUAUCGAUGAAAGCAAACGAAAACCACCAACACUCCCAACACCUGUAGAUAACGUUAACUUUAAUAGUUACGUAAAUUACAACUACACGUUUACGGGAGAAAGAUCUAAGGAAUUGGAUGGGUUGAAAAGUCUUAUAGAGGAUGGAGUUAGUAAAAUUGAUUUGAAUAUAAUCGCUGAUGAUAAGGAGAAAGAUGUGUUGAUAGAAACAAGUAAUGUCAAGGUCACGACACUUGGACCUAGUUUAGAACAAAAAGUCCCAGAGGGAACGUCUUCGCCGGCAAGAACGACGGCGGUGGAGAGUUGCAGCUGUGACUCGUGUAGCGAUGCUAGGUGUACUUGCGCUACCACUAAAUGCAAACCAAAUACGAAAAUAUCAACCCCACGAUUUUCCGGGACGUCCUGGCUGGCUUUGCACGCACUACGAGGCGCGUACAAACGCGUACGUUUACGACUGCGCGUUCGCCCGGAGAGGGCUCGAGGCGUGCUGCUGUUGACUGGGGAACAUGACGACCUGUCUGGCGACUACCUCGCUCUUAUUCUGCGGAAUGGACAUGUGGAAUUAAGAUUUGAUUGUGGGAGCGGUGCAGGUGUCCUCCGAUCUCCGGAGCCGAUACAUCUCGGCAGAUGGAACACCAUCUCGGUGUACCGUCACCGUUGGGACGCCUGGCUGAAACUUAAUAAUGGCAAACGAGUUCGAGGAAGAUCUAAGGGUUUGUUCUCCCGUAUGACCUUCAGAGAGCCUGUAUGGGUUGGUGGGGCCGGCAACACUACUGGACUACAAAGCAAGCUUGGACUUUCAGAGGGACUGUUGGGCUGUGUCGACUUCUUGAGAAUUAAUGGCGAUACGUAUCGCUUAGUUAAAGAUGCUGUAUCUACACUGGAUAUUGCUGAGUGCGCUCCGACACUCGCAUCAUGGAGGCCCAGCAGUGAAGUCACCAGUGAACCAAUCCCACAAAAAUCUAACGACAUUACCCAUAUUAUAUACGACAUAAAUGAUAUAGUACAUUUUGAAGACAACGACAUUGUUAUGAGAGAUUCAAAAGAUAAUAACAAAUUAGAUAAUUCGAUCCAAUUCAAAUAUAACGAUGUAAAGGCUCAGUUUGUUAAAAAUAAGCAUUUCAAAGAUGAUGUCAAAAGUGAAAGGUUUAUAAAUGAUCUCGAUAAUGAUCUCAAAGGGGACGAUUUGAAGAAUGACGACUGUGAAUGCCAGCACGGGGGAGGGUGUGUCUCUCACGUGUGCCUGUGUCCUUUGGGGUACGCCGGAGAAAGAUGCGAAAUUACUUUGGAUUUGAAGGUACCGAAAUUUAACGGCUCUUCGUAUCUGCGACUGCCAGGAUUAGGUAAUACAGCCCAAUCUUGGCUCGAUAUACAGAUUACUCUUAAACCAACCAACGGCGACGGUCUAUUGCUGUACGAUGCGGAACAUCCGAGUGGUGAUGGAGACUUCUUCUCAUUGCAUUUGCGAGAUUACUUCGUGGAGUUUGCCUUUGACCUAGGAUCUGGUAUCGCUCUUGUGAGAUCAGCUUACCCUCUAGAACAGAACAAAUGGCAUCGUAUAUCAGUAAGUCGGUCUGGUCGCCGAGCCUCACUCCGUGUUAGAUCUCGCGACACGGACACGGAUACGACGAGAUCGGUCACGUCCCGCGGGGUAGCGAGACAUCUGACACUACGACAGCCUAUGAUGUUAGGGGGUGCCCCGCAUCCGUUACCGCAGAGACUAGCGUUAAGUACAUCGUUUAGUGGAUGUGUUGGAAAGCUCGUAAUAAACGACGAAGAACUAUCAGUAGUUUCGUCGGCACUUGGCGGCGUCAAUGUAGACAAUUGUGACGAGCCACACAACGAUACUUGCCAUGACGCUAUAUGCAAAGAAAUUUUAGAACCAAUGCCAUUUUACCCCCAAAAUCUAACAAACGACGACAUCCAUCACACAAUAGUAGCAAAAAAGGGGUUCAAACUAAAAUAUCAUAAAGUGAAAUUGAAAAAACACUCCCAACGCUACCAUUUGGAGAAAUAUAAAAAGAAAAAGUACCUAUCAACAAAAAAUCAUCUAGUUAUGCAAAAUGAUGUUGAAAAAAAGAAUGACGUAAUGACUGAAGGACCUAUUUAUGAUGGACAGACGUACAUGCAAGUAAAAUAUCUGGAUACAAACGAAAUAAACUGGGGCGAUACUAAUACGUAUCCCAGUUUUAGUGGGACGGACAGUUUUAUUCAUAUAGAUGAUGAAGAAACUAUAAAAAGGUUACUAAGUUACACACUAGAUAUAAACAUCCGGUUCCGUUCGGUGUCCGCCAACGGCCUGCUAGUGUGGAGCGGGCGCGUGUCGCCGCCCGGAGACUUCUUGUCUCUGGCCGUUGAAAACUCUGUGCUUGUUUUCAGAUAUGAUUUAGGAAGCGGGGAAGUAGUGAUCAUAGCGAACCACACUAAACUAGACGAUGGGCUGUGGCAUAGAGCGAGAGCAACGAGAAACAGACAAGCUGGAGUAUUAGAAGUGGACGGUUUGGGUUCCGUCGGCAAAAUAUCACCGGGAAAAUUGAAACAGUUGAAUACGCAAAAUGGCCUUUACAUAGGCGGUCUACCAUCAAUAGAAAUGAACACAAUGGGUAAAUAUAAAAGCGGUUUAAUUGGAUGUGUCUCACAAAUAUCACUUAGCGGAGAUUUUGAUAUUCCCCUCUCCUUGUCGAAGUUGCCACACACAAUAACUAAUAAUGUUGGACGAUGCACACCA